UGUAUCGGUGGACACGGUGAACGGCGAUACGUUUGUAACGGUUGGAUUGGAUAGUCAGCUGAAGCAUUGGCGUUGCCCAAUAGGUGAAGUUGCUGGUGACCUCUCAGAGCCAGUGCACUCAACUCCACUGAAUGGUGUAGCACACGCAGUCUCGCAUACAAGCAAAUCGUUGGAUUUCGUUACGUGUGGUGAGGAUGUACGAGUCUGGAAACAAUUUCGUGAUUCUCCUGUACGAAUUUAUAAUUUGGGUGUUGACACAAUUCAUACAAUUAAGUGUAAUCCAAUAGAACCGGAUCUUAUGAUCGGAUGCAGCAGUGAUCGAUCCAUAUUUCUGCUUGACACUCGACAGAAAUGUCCUCUGAAAAAGGUGACAAUGAAGUUGAGACCGAAUGCAAUAAGUUGGAAUCCAAUGGAGGCAUUCUCGUUCACAUGUGCAAAUGAAGAUUACAAGUAA